AUGCCCCUCCUCCAUACGCCCACGUUGGUCGUUUUUCUCGAUUUUGAAGUUACUUUUGAUUUUGUGGAUCAAACUUGGCAGUAUCUCGUGACCAGAGGUGCCCUGUCUAAAUUUAUAUAUCUCUUGAGGACACUGUAUGUGAUUCGCUGUGGACACCCACGAGUAUACAGAAAGAUUUCACCUGAGUUUACCACAUCCAGUAGUGUAAGACAAGGCUAUUCUGUCUCACCUCUCCACUUCAACUUUCCAAUAGGCGACAAACUUGUCACUGAGCUACCUGGAAUUGGUGAAAGGCUUGGAGAACGCCUAGAAGCUAAGGGCUUCGAAAAGGCUUCCGUUGUUCUUGGGCAAUUCCUACUUUUGCGGCGCGAUGAGGAGUUAUUCAAGGACUGGUUAAAGGAGGCUUGUGGGGCUAAUGCCAAGCAAGCCGACGACUGCUUUACUGCACUGCGAGAUUGGUGCGGCUCUAAACAGUCCUCUUGGACUGAUUCAAUCAAGAGUAAUGCAUCUCGAAUUGACAAAAGUUGUUUGUUUUUUGUGAAGCAAGCGCUCCGACAGAAGGUAGCUCUAACGUUAAGACAGCUAUGGAAGUUUGUCACGGUUACUCCUGUCAGAGAGAAGCACAAGUAUAGUGAUUCUGGCAGGUAUCCUGAAUGGUCAGUCCUCACUCCUGAGGAAGCCCAUCCUGACGGCCGGCUCCGUGUUGAUCCUCACUACACAGACAAUCGAGAACGAAUUCUUAUUGCGUGCCGAACAUCGUUUGUUUCUAGCCAAUGUGAGCACUCAUACCGUGUUACUUAG